CUGAACAUAGUGGUUGGCUUAUCAGUACAGUCAAUUAUGACACAGUCAUAGAGAGACAAAAACCAACAAUUAUUUUUUAUUGUUUUUCCUUUUUUGGAUCUUAAAAACGGCGACCCACUCUAUAAAUAUCACCAACUUUAGAUGUGAACCCACCAUUUCCCACAUUUUUUAACUGUCUAAUCUCUUUGCCCAUCAUUCACGUUUUGAAACGAGCGCCUAAUCAUGGAGGCCCGUCAACUGAAUUUUCCGUACGAGGAUGAGGCGGAGCUGGUGGAGGAGGAGGAUGUGGUGGCUCUGCAGCGGAGGCACCGCGUCAGCAACGGCGGGAAUGAGAAUAAUGGAAAUGGCUGUAGUAAAAAUGGAGAUGAGUUUGAGCAUGAGUCUGAGCGUAAAGAAAAUGGAGAGAGUGAGACUGAUAAUAAGCUUAUGCACAGUCAUAAUAGCGUUUACUUUGACGAACUUCUUGGAAAAUGGAAAUGUCGCCACUGCAACUGGAACUACGGCAUGGGAAGUCCAUUGACUAAUCUUAAUGAGACUAUUAGUGGGUACUUGAACAUGCCGAUGAAUUUCAAAACCCUUAAUCAACAAGGACCGUGUUUCAUUCUUGAAACUAAAGGUACUGAAUCCCUUGAUGGAGUUCUUGAAACAGAAGACAGUAGUCUGAAAAAUUCUACUUCUGAGACGAAGUCCGAAUAUGCAGAUGUCCAUAAAAAUAAUGGGAACACUCCAAAAAGUCUGAUUGAGGGAAUGAAUGACCAAAGUGGGGAAACUUUGGACAACAAAGUGAUUUCUAAUUCAAGUUUAACACCUUUAGAGGAGUCACAUGAAGAAGAAAACUUAAGACCUGAAUCUGUUAACAAUGAAAUGAAUGACCAUAGCAAGGAAAUUUCGGACGAGAAAGGAUUUUCUCAUUCAAGUUUAACACCUUUAGAGGAGUCGCAUGAAGAAGAAAACUUAAGAUCUGAAUCUGUUGACAAUGAAAUCAGUCUAGCAAGAGAUUUUGACUGGGUAGAAGAAUUUGAAAAUAAUGUGGAGAUUCAGGAAAGUCUGGUCAAGGGAAUGAUUGACCAAAGCAGAGAAAUUUUGGACAACACCGGGUUUUUAACUUCAAGUUUAACACCUAUAGAGGAGACACAUGAAGAAAUAAACUUAAGAUCUAAAUCUAUUAACAAUGAAAUUAGUGUAGCAGAAGAUUUUGACUUAGUAGAAGAAGUUGACCAGGGAGACACAGAAUUUGAUGUUGAGAAGGUGCUGCAUAAGCAAAAUACUCAUGAUUUGUAUUGUCCAAACUGUCACUCUUGCAUUACCAGACGGGUUAUUCUUCGUAGAAGAAAAGCAAAAAUUCGAAAUGCACAUCGUAAACCAAAGAACAGUAAAUCUGAGAAAAUAUCUCAGUCUGAGUUAGAUGCCAAUAUUGCCAAUUCAACCACUAUUGAAAUUCAGGACACAGUUGGCAUUCGGUCAAUUAGUAAUGAAGCACCUUUGGCUAAUGCUUCUGAUAAUGACAAGGAUCCAGAGGUAUUCAGAUGCUUAGCCUGCUUCAGCUUUUUCAUGCCUACAGGAGAUGGCUUUAAGUUGUUUCGGCUUUUUGGAGACAGCUCUGCGAAUGAAACUGUGCAAAAUGUUCAAAGGACCACCACUGCAACCACCACCGCAACUACCACUGCAACCAGCAGAAAUUGGUUCUUUAAUAUGUUUGCAACCGGUGACAAGAAAAUGUCGUCGGAGCAAGCUAUAGAGAAGAAGAUAACUAUCAAACAAGGAAAUGAGACGGAGGCUGAUCAAAAUGGUCUUAUAUCUUCCAUUGCUUCUCCACUGGUGGGACUGGUAAAUGACUUGGAGACGGCAUCUCUAGAAACUAGAAAGGAGCUUGUGAAUUCUUCAACUCAAGAUGGUAAAUAUCUUCAAAUUGCAUCUACCAGUGUGGAAGUGAAGUCAGAUAAGUCUGUAAAUUGGUCAACAGAAGAUGGUAAAUAUCUCGAAACAGCCAGCACGGCAAUGAAAUCAGACAAUGCAACCGCAACACUCAACACAGGUACGAUUUUACAUCAAGAUCAGAAUGGGCAUUCAUCAGCAACCGUUCCUAGUGUUGUGGUUAACAUUGGAGAAGAUGCUGAAGAUACCUCAUUGGGUCCUAUGCAAGCUGGAACGAAUAUUUCGAUGUCUUCAAAUUCCAGCCAUCAUGAACAGGCCUCAUCAAUACUAGCCACUCCACUGCCAACUAAGUUGUUUGGUGAAGGACUAAAUAGUUCAACUUUCGUCGGCCAUGAAACUAGAACAGAUACGUAUUCUUCAAGCCAAACAACUUCAAUAUCGAAAACUACAGUAGGAGAGGCAGCAGAUGGGUCUGUCGAAAAGAACACAGAGCACGAUGUGACGAUUGUUGUUGAAACACGGCAAGUGGAACAUUCAAGUUCUCACACGACAGAAAAUAUUGAUGGUUCUUCAACAGAAACCACGAGCUUGCUGCAAAGCGGGAACCAGACACAUCCAAGAGAACAAAGAGGUGGUGGAAUUUCUGUGGAAAUUUUGAAAAGCAUUGUAUAUGGUGGUUUAAUAGAAUCUAUCACAAGUCUUGGUGUUGUAUCAUCUGCUGCUGGUGCCGGUUCUGCCACAUUGAAUAUUGUAGCUCUGGGAUUGGCAAAUUUGAUUGGUGGACUUAUCAUGAUUGUUCACCAUCUCAUGGAGAUGAAAAGAGAACGCUCCGGUGAGUCUUCCCAACCAGACCGGUACCAAGAAACGCUAGGUCGACGAGAGAGGUUUUCACUUCAUGCACCAGUAGCCAUUUUAUCAUUCCUCAUAUUCGGAAUGUUACCUCCCGUCCUCUACGGCUUCUCAUUCCGUAAAACUGAUGAUAAGGACCUCAAGCUAGUUGUUGUCGGAAGUGCUUCGCUUGUAUGCAUUUUUUUCCUAGCUAUUGGAAAGGCUCAUGUUAGGCCGAGGCCAUCCAGAUCAUAUAUCAUCACCAUACUCUACUUUCUGACCAUAGGAUUAAUGUCCUCCGGUGCUUCUUACGUAGUCGGCGACCUGAUCAGUAAGUUUGUCGAGAGAGUCGGUUGGUUCAACUCCGAUUUAGCACCCACCAUGGUGGCUCCAGAAAGAAUACCAGCUGAGCUAGGAUGGGCAUCCUAUUGAGUUACUGAGGCGGACAAAGUUCAAAUUCAGUUUGAUAUUUUAGUUGGCUUGGUUUGGUUUGAUAAUGAAAACUCCAAAACUCGUUGAAGAAAACUAAAUCCAAACCGAAUUAGUUGGAUUACCUUUGAUUUAGUUUAACUUGGUUUGGUUUUUUUGUCGGUUUGAUAGUGAAAACGUCAAAACUGAUUGGACUUCUGAAGAAAAUUAAAAUCGAACCGAAUUAGAAGGAUAAAUUUCAUUCAGUUUGAUUUUUUGUUCGGUU